AUGGAUUUAUUUAAGUUGAUUGCUACCACUCAUUCCAUGUUUUCAUCAGAAAGAGUGGUGCCUCCAAAAGCAGCGGGAAUCUAUGAAUUAGACAUCAUAGCAUCUACCAACGCCCAAAUAGCAGCAUUGAUAAAACAAGUAGAGUUAUUGCCUCCUAAUUCAGUUAAGGGGAUCAGAAGCUUCUUAGGGCAUGCAGGGUUUUACAGAAUGUUCAUUAAGGAUUUCUCAAAAAUUACAAAACCUCAGUGUAAUCUACUAGAGAAGUAUGUGUCAUUUCACUUUUCUGAUGAGUGCUUAAAUGCCUUUAAUACUUUGAAAGAAAAGUUAACUUCUGCACCUGUGAUAAUAGCACCUGAUUAG